CAACCGCUGUUCCGAGCCGCCCCCCAUUCAGUUAAGCGGGGCGGGGGUGAAUGGGGAAGGCAGGUGCCCGGUUGCCAUGGUGCCCCGUUGCCAUGGUAACCGUUGCCAUGGUAACCUCCGCAGGCUGCCCCCGCACCCUGUACCGCUCCAUCCAUGAACAAAUCUUCACUUUGCCCGAAACCUGCCACAUUUACCCCGGACACGACUAUUGCGGUCACACGGUGUCCACGGUGGGGGAGGAGAAGCGGCUGAACCCGCGUUUGACGCUGAGUCUGGACGAGUUCGUGACCGUGAUGGACGGGCUGGGGCUGCCCCGGCCCCGCCUCAUGGAUGUCGCCGUUCCCGCCAAUCUCCGCUGCGGGAUCCAGGAUGACGUCGCUUAGCCCCGCCCACAGACGCUGGACACGCCCCCUCCCGCAUUCCUGGGUCCCUCCCGCACUCCUGGGUCCCUCCCGAACUCCUGGGUCCCUCCCUUGAAAUGAAAUAAACGAACGGGAUGAACAAAA